AAUUUGUGUACAUACGGUACGCGACAGCUUCCCUGCCCCAAAAGUUCAACAGCGCCAGCGCCAGCGCCUGUAUCUGCUGGCACCACGAGAACCACUGCAGCACCCUGCAUCCACCCAGUGCUGCGCGACCGAUUCGGCGGAAACGAGAUAGGAAGGCCUGCGAUGCGUUGAAAUCGGCAGACUAGAGCAGAGCAGUUCACUAUGGCCGGAGUCACUGCCCUGGAUGGCCUUGAGGCCCUCCACCGAGAGCUGGUCGCCGCCUGCGAGCAUCGCUUUGAGAGCCUCCACCUCCUCGAACAGGAGCUCGACGCCCACGCCGAGGCUUUCAAGAAGCUCCUCGACAGGCGACCCAGGAGCAAUGCUAGCCGCGAUGCUGUCAAGACCGGAAAGAUCACGGUUGACGACGAAGUAUACUCGAUCAAUGCGGAAUUCCAGGAGAUGGCACUCCAGCUCGCCGACGAGCUAGACAUCGACGAGGUGGACUCGGCAAAACUGCUUCUCCAAUCUCAGGACGACACUCGAACCCUCGGCCGUCCGCUGCUGGAAUGCGGUGUCAUCCGGUUCCACCAACAACGCAGGUAUCUGCUCGAUUGCAUGCGACUCUGCAUCCAGAUACGAACCUCCGACGAUGAAGAGCUCGAGCCCCUACAAGAUGUGUUUGGCACAUACGUCACCGAGAACAUAUAUGGCGGGAGGGAUAAUGCAAAGAUUGUGUCCCGCUGUAUGGCGGCCAUGCAGGACAUCAAGAAUUGGUUCCAGAAGCUUGCAGAUCGGAUGACUACUGCGAAUGUCGUCUACUCUGGCGCUGCCCCUCGUCUGCCUUACCAUGAGGUGGUCGAGUUCUCGAGGGUCAGCCUCGCCCAGCAGCACGAGCUGCUGGCUUUGAUAAUGGCGAGCGCGAUCGAGAAACGUCACGCGAAGCCGGAAGAUUUCAAGCAACUACUCAAAUAUCUGCAAAAGGUGGAUCGUUAUGAUCACCUCCUAGUCCACUUCUUCCCUGUCAUUGGCGCCUAUGUCUCUUGUUUCGGAUCCACGGAGGGGAGCAGCUCCCAGGAAGAAGGGGAGGAGUUCAACAAGUUGAUUUGCAAACAGUCCGAUGACGACAGCUGGGUCAUGCCAUAUCUCCAUGCUGCAGUUCAGGUAUGGUGGAUUGCCGAAUACUCGGGCUGGUUCACCCAAAUUGGCGAGACGGGCAGGCAGAAGUUUGACGAGGAAACGUUCUUCGGGCCUUUCAACGAGGCUAUGAAAGCCGGCGCCUUUGACUUCAUCCUUUCUGUUGCUGCGGAUGUGAAGACUCCGGAAUGGCUAGACGCUGGUCGGCUGGGAAUACGGCAUUGGCUACAGCGAAAGUCACCCUCUCUUCUCGAAACUGCACAGUUCUCGGACCCUUUCCAGACAGUUCUCAUGGUUCACCUGGAGAACUUGGUAGAGGGCCUCAUUUCCAACCUUCCAGAUGCACUUCGCAGGAUGCGGAGCGAAGAAGACGAACAACGCCAGCUCAGUCAAACUCAUGAGCAAGAUCUAGAUCUGGAACGAUUUCUGUUGAUCAUCGCCUACGCGUACGAAGGCCGGCCUGAUGCAGCCUCAGCCUUUUGGACAGACCCUGACAGUAACCUGGCUGGCUUCCUCCACUGGGCUUCCCGAAGAGCGUCGACACCACUCGUCAGCGCCUUCUGUGAAAUGCUGCAGUCGCUCUCGGACGAUGAUGCCUGUGCUACAGCCGCUCACAAUUUCCUUCUGGAUGAAAACCAGCCUGCAUCUGGCAAGAUGCGGAAGUCACUCUCACUGACGUGGACCCAAAUCUUCAAGGAACUUCAUUUCUUCACUGUCAAACUUCGGGAGCGACCUUCCACGUCACAAUCACACAUAUACCGCUCUGGAAAGCCCCCACCAGAACAAGCAGAGGCGGAACCCGAAUCGGCCAUGAUGCUCGAGUGUUAUCUGAGACUCAUCACCAAGCUAUCGUCCCAAAGCGAGGAUGUCAGGACAUUUCUCCUUACCGAUGACUUCAACCUGGUGCAAGGGCUUUUCCUUCUGGCCAGCACGUCCAUCCCUCCCCGGCUCAAGUCUUAUACUUUCUAUGCGCUGCGGGCGCUGAUGAGUCGCAAAUCGGACGAGGAGGGUACCAUAAUGUGGGCUGUACUCGACUCGUGGGCGACUGGACAGCAUAACCCGCCACAGAUACAAGGACGACAACCGGUUGGGCCGACCAACCAAAGCCCGGCCGCUCAAAUGCGAAGGCAGUUGCUGGAACUUUCUCGCGGUUUUGAGGAGCCAAACGCAGUCGUCCAGUUCCUGAACUCUCUGAUCUGCCCCGUUAACGAAUCGUCACCGUUGAGUGAUGCUCUCCCCUUUCCCGAGGAUCUGGGCUCCCAGGUCAGGAUGCCGGGAAUCGAUCCUUACGUGGACUAUGUCCUGGGGUUUGUCUUCGCCGAUAACUCCGGAUCUUUGCAGGACAUGACACAGAUGAGGAUGCUCCGGCUGAGUUGCCUCGAGUUUUCGCUGUUAUGUCUCGAAACCUUCAAUGAAGAUCUGAUCCUGCUCGGCAAUGAAACGAAUAUCCCUGUGGAUUCCAUCAUAGCGACGACGGAUCUUGCCACCUACAUCAGACUUCACCCCUUCGCGCGUGUCAUGGAAUGGAUGCUCAACGAGCGAGUUAUGGCUGCGCUUUUUGAAGCAGUCAACCAAAGACAUCCGGAUGACAUCGCUCAACUCGCCAGUGCGCCCCCAGAUUCACCGAUAAUAUUGAGCACGCUACGCGCCAUCGAGGUUGUCAGCAAAGUGCUCGAUAUGCAGGAUACGUAUGCCGAUCUCGUGCGCCCGCUUCUCCGCAGUCAGUCGAUCAAGAGAGAACCGGUUGCGACAUCCUAUACGUCCUUCGCUGACGGAUUGAUGAAUCACCUUCCUCUGAUCGUGAACUUGGGCCGCUAUUGUGGGAUGGGUCAUCCAGCACUGACACUCGCGUGUCUGAAACUGCUCGAGAAUGUCUCGUCCUCGGCCAGGAUAACUUCAGCUUGGAACCCUGGCCACUUCGGACAGACACAUCGCAACAAAGCUAUCGUGGCUUUGGAAUCCAAUGGUGACGGUGAGUCAAUUGCUGGGUCGUUUGUCGCAGAAUUGACGGCGCCUCUCGACUUGGCACGAGGAGCAGAUUCACCGAACUAUAUGAUCAAGUUGUACAUCCUUGACUUCCUUUUCGCCUGCCUACAGGCAACCCCCAACCAACCUACCAUAGCCCACUUGUUGCUGGGCUUCCGAUGCGGCAUGGACUCGGUAUCCGUCGAGACUGAAGGAGACUUCGACUCACGCACCUCCAUGUUCCACAACCUGUUACGUGUCCUCCUCGAGACACCUUUCGGUGACGAAGAGACGGGCAUGUGGCGAUGGACGAUUGAGUUGAAGUUCAAGAUUAUGAGGAUCCUCCGAAUCCUCUGGACAUCAGCUUUGACCGCGCCGAUCGUCUUGGCUGAGCUUAGGGAUAACGAGUUCCUAUUUCACCUACUUUUCGGCGAAAUUCCUAUCCACCCGUUGUUGUCCUGGGAUGGGCAGCUUAUGAAUGGGCCGGAAUUCCUGAUAAGCGAAUCAUCCAUGACUUUUAUAUCCUUCCUUGCCCUUCGCGCCAUCACCCUCGAGUAUGCCAGCAUUGAGUUGUGCAGCGUCUCGCAGCAUAGACUGCCGCACUUCAAACGGCGACUUAUCGACGCGCUCAAUGGUCAGCUUAAGAGUGAUGAUGGCGAGAUCAUGCCGGUCUCGAGCAUUUUUGAUCUCUUCGACUUCCUUCCGCCGGAUGGGCAGAACUGGGAGGUGCCACCGCCACAAUUCCAAUACUACCGUGACCUAGACCUGAGGCCUUGCUUGGCUGAGGAUUCGGAUGGCAACCCAAUAUACAAUAUCAGGAAGGUGAAGGACAUAUUAACGUUGAAACGCAGUGAGUUCGCCGGCCAGGGUCAGCUUGCCGUCGAGAAGGACAUAGAGUUGCUGGACAGGGAAGAGAUUCUUCUUGUGGAAUUUCUGGAGUUCUCGAACCGGCAAAAACAGCUGAGCUGUUUCCGCCUCAAAGUCCUCAGGUAUUGGAGCAAUGUGCUGUUGGUCAUGUUCGAGUCAAACGAAUUCAAGGGCAGUGCGCAGACGUCGUUCCUUCUCCAAGCUCUCCAGGCAGUCCUCCCCAGCCUGGAGAUAUAUGCGUCCGACAGCCCAGACGAGGCAUAUGAACUGGCCAAGCUGGCCAAGAUUCUGCUUUUCAAGAUUGACUUCUCGACAGCGACAGGCGAGAACAAAGACGUGCGGAGAUCUGGAGACCUGGUCAGCGACAAGCUGUUCCAGCUCUUCCAGAUCUGCCUGGCGGCCGUCGGCAAAUGGGCGGGUAGCUCGGAGCUCCGCGCCGUGUACUAUAGCAUCUGCUACCGUUACCUGGCGGGCAUAGUCCAGAAGGACCAGGACUCGUUGCCCAGCCGCCACAAGGCAGUCAAGUCGAUCCACGUGCACGGGGAGAGGCUGCUGAACGUCAUCUGCGACGACGCCUACGGGGCCGACACGGCGUGCCAGACGGCGGCCCUCAUCCUGCUCAACGCCCUGGUCAAGGUGGGCAGCGUCGAGGACGAUGCGUAUGUCGUUGAGAAUCUUAACAGGCUCAACUUCAUCGGCAUCCUGGUCGACUCGCUCAGGAACGUGCUGGCAGAGUGGAUUGAGAUCACCCAGACAAGAAACACAGAGGCCGAGCUCCUCUGGAACGCAAGGCUCGCCCUGCUCCUGUCCAUCUGCCAGACCCGCGACGGCGCCAAGCACGCGCUGCAGGCGAACCUGUUCCCGGCGGUCGAGCAGUCGGGCCUCUUUGGCGCGGACCCGGAGCUCCUCGAGGACAACAACAGCAGCGGCAACACCUCGUCAUUGCUGGAGAGGCACUACGCCCUCCUGGUGCGCGUGGCCCGCGCCGUCUGCGCGGCCGUCCUGACGCGCGGCCCGCAGAGCAGCGUCGCGCAGGGCCCCGCGCGCCGCUUCCUCUCCGAGCACAGGAUGCUCGUCGUGCAGACGCUGAAGCGGAGCGCCGGGAUCGGCAGGGCUGCUGGUCCUGGCGGUGCUGCUGCUGGUGUUGGUGCCGGUAGCAACAACAAGGAGGCGGAGGUGAAGGCGCGCGCCGCCCUCGAGGACGCCGUCGAGGAGCUGGCCGAGUCGUUCGUGGUCCUCAUCGCCGCGACGGGGUUCCUCGAGUUCGAGGAGGAGAUGGCGGCGCCCAAGAGGGAUAGCGGCCCGCAGGCUGGGGGUUUGCCGGUGCUGUUCCACUGAUUGAGUGAAUGAGUGAGUGGGUUGGGUUGUUUCCAUGCAUGGCAUGGGGCGAGGCGAGAUGGGGUAUUUUGGGGAGGGGCUUUCUGGCCUGACCCAGGUUUGGAGCAGAGUCCGACUACCUAUGUAUCGAUGGAUGAAUGCAUCUCAAGGGGCCUGACAGUCUACGUUGGCAGAUAAAGGUGUGUGUGGAGGUUGGCUGGUCCUUGUGUGUUCUGGUGGUUGGUGACUUUUUGGGCAUGCAUUCGCGUGAGGGAGUCGGCGAGCAAAAAAGUUGAUUGGGCAUAUGAUCUAGCCUACGAGGAUCGUCAAUAGACUUGUUGC